UCUCAAGCACCAAGCAAAGUGAGAAAAGGUUGGUUGGUCGACACGAAGCUAAAUAUGAACAAGACAGAGUAGAUCUGUAAUUACAAAUUAACCGUUAAUUACGUACACAUGGGCCUCUGAAUGCUUGUGUUGACAUUGACAAGGUGUUGACCACAGUCCAAGGCCAAGUUCAGCCAUAUCAUCUGGAUUGUUUGUGUAACUUCUGUCUGGAGCUUUGGAAGUGCUGUUUUUCCAACCUCAGAGGGAAUAUGAGUGACAAAGCCACAAACCGAAGACUAGAGGCACUGUCCUCCUAAAUGAACUGUUGACUAGAUUCAGUUGGACCACAUAUUUGCUAUGGGCACCACACUAAGUGAGCCUUGCAUCUACGACAAGCUGUCAGCGAGCAUCGAUAUUCUCCGCCAGUCGGGGUAUCGCUAUGGCAUGUCGGAGAGGGAGAUUGAGAAGUUUAUUAAACAAGUCCUGGAGACCAACGAGCCUCGAAGAGACCCGCCACAAUUCCCCAUCCUUCGAGCCACUAUCAAGUUUGUGGUAGCGGUAGGCUUUCUGUUGGUGGUUGUGCUGGCCUUCACCAACCCCCAGACUCGGCCCCAGCUAGGCGUGAUGUACACGGGGGGACACAACUGGUCCUCCCCCCUCAGCCACAUCAGACUGCUAGCUCUGCCCAUCGCCAAGAAGUACAACCUGCAAGGUUUCCAUGAGUGGUGGAGUGUGGGGGCUCUGCGGCAGGGCCUGGUCAACUGUUCUGGCUGUGCAGAGGUCUCCUCUGUGCUGGAGGUCCCUGAGACCCUCAGAGAGUCUGCAGCCAUACGCAGGGGGCCACAGCCUGUGCUGCUUAAGGUACGACCACCACUGCAAGGUGGGGAGUCUCUGUGUCUGCAGAGGCAGCAGCUAGAGGAGCUCUACUCAGUGCACUCCGGCUCCAUGAGUAUACUAGUGGAGGAAGACAACCUACUGUCACAUGACGAGGGUUUUCCACAUGGCCCUGCAAACUUCACCCUGCUCUGGAGGUUUACAUCUGGGGCCAGAGAGAAGGUGUUGAGGUGGCUGUUCCCCAAGGCUGAGCUAUGCCCCCUAUUGGACAGCGCCGGAACAACACUGCAGCGUUGCCUGGUCACGCAUAGUGCCAACUCUCAGAGCAGAGGUGUGCGAGUGCUGGGCUGGCUGGUGGUAGGAGAGGGCCUGCCCACGGUUCGAGUGCUCCCUGUCCACCACUGUCAGAAACACUGCAGCUCAUUCAACCUCUGGCUGGGACCUGGAGAUAUGGUGUAUGCUGACCCGCUUUACUGGCAGAUGGAGCUGUUCCCCGGCCGAGACCAGAACAUAGUUUGUGACGGCUCCACUUUCUGAGAGAGGAGAGGAACAACUGAACGAGACAAGAAUGCGAGGAAGACGGAGGGAGAGAGUGAAGGGUUCUGCCAUACAGAACUCUUAAAACUCCACUCCGGUCCAGACAUCUGCCUACUGGCUGAGAAUAUAUCACUUCCUGUAGAGUCAGUGUGUGAUUGGACCUUUUAACUGUCCCUUGCAGGCUAGUCCUGCCCUCCUCUAGGUAUGGAAAAGCACACUCCACAGGCACAAGAUAGACUGAAGAAAUCUGAACACCUCUUAUCUCCCCUACCCUUCUAUGGCCUAAUACCAAACUCCUCUCUAGCCCCUACUUGUGCCUCUUUGUUGAUAUCCCUUCACAGAUCUAAGACAACUGGAUGGUUGUAAGCAGGGAGAGACCAUUCUCUCAGGCUUGGGGGUGUGUCUCUCAGUGAGGAAGAGGCUGGAAUGUUCUCCCACUCUGACUGUUUGCCUCAGAUCAACAGGUGUGUAUUAAGCCCAAAGAGGAAAAAUGGACAGUGACUGAUCUAUUUUUUUUAACAGCAGAAGGUCUUGCCUCUUGUGUUCAGUUGGAAUGUUCAUGAUUGUUUCGGUUAUGCUUUUUAGUUGUGAUCAAAUCACACAGCCACAACAGGAACAAUGGGACAGUUUUGUGACGCUGCCUUCCCUCAUCUACUCACUCUUAUACCGGACCGUAUUCAUCACCUAACUUCAACGUCGCUGCUAGUGUAACAAUGACAGUUGGUUAGGAGGAUGUAUGAAAUAGAUUUGUCAAUUUGGUGAAUUGCAUUUGAUUACUGAAAGUGCAGUUUUUGUAUUUAAUAUAUAGUUGACGAUAGGUGCUUGUGCCAUAAUUUCAGCAAGACAGAAAUGAUAUUUCUUAAUGCUCUUUUCACUAACUGUUUUUGUCUUGUCACUGCUUUUUCCCCUGUCAUCCAGUCACCCGUGUAAGCACUAACUAGCCAGAACUUGUUGAUGAUGUCACAGUGUUUGAUGUUUUGUCACUAUAGUCCCAGUUGGUAUUAGAUAGAAGGUCGCGGCCCUGCCUCCUUUUGGGAAAACAACCUGUUGGCUCAUCCAUUGGCUCACAGCAAAAACAUGAUAUUUUUCAAACACAA